CGGGGAAAAAAAGUUAAAAAAAUAAUUCAGUUCGCUGAUGAUGACUCAGAAUAUGUGCUUUAGGGGCGUGAGCAUACAUUACAGGUGUACAAUUACUCUUGAGCUAUUAACUCCACCAGCACGGUGUGGACGAUCCUGAAAAUGGCACCUCUAACGACGAGUUCUAAUGGAGAAGGCUUCUGGGGGGAAGUAACUUCGACGAUCGACUGGUGCGAGGAAAAUUACGCGGUGACUUCUUUUCUGGCGGAGUUCUGGAACACUAUAAGCAACUGGUUGUUUUUGAUCCCCCCAUUCGUUGGAGCAAUUUUAUCGUGGGAGAACAAGUUGGAGAGACGUUACACCUUUUCGUUCAUUUCACUGUGUGUUGUGGGAAUAGGCUCAUUUUGUUUUCAUGCUACACUGUUAUAUGAAAUGCAGCUUCUUGAUGAACUUCCAAUGAUUUAUGGUACUUGUGUGUUAAUAUUUUGCAUCUGGCAUUGUUCCUAUCGCCCACGGGAGCACAACAUUACACUCUCAUUAAUUCUUAUUGUCUGUUGUGCUAUGAUCACCCUGGUGUAUCUGACUGUUGUGAAUCCACUGAUAUUCCAGUGGGCAUAUGGUAUUCUUGUUGCUACCCUUGUCAUUAGAACUGGUAUGGCUUGUAGAAAACACAAUGGUUCAAAGAAACUUUUGACCAUAUCACUUGUAAGCUAUGCAGUUGGAUUUAUUCUUUGGAACAUUGACAACAACUUUUGUCCAUACAUAAGGGACGUAAGGAAUUCACUGUUCCCUCCUGUCAGACCAUUUGCACAGUUACAUGCAUUAUGGCACACACUGGCGGCCAUAGGAUGUUACUAUCAUGUUCUUUUCAGGUUGGUGAUUGUAAAUAUUUGAUCUGCCCUGUGUGGGACUUCAGUAUAACAUUACUGUGGGGAGAAUUGACUGGUUGUCUCGUAAAUUUACGUUCAUGGGGGGUCUGGGAGCCUCCCCGGGAAAAUUUUGAAAUUUGGGUUCUAAAAAGUGCAUUUCAGUGUAUUUUAAGCAAUCAUGGAUUUGUUCUUUUGUUAAAGAAAAGCAAUUUCACGGAGAAAAGCAUACAUGUAAUAUAUUGUGUUAGUUGAACAGGUUAAUCAUCGUCAUCCGUAUCAAAUUUGAAAAAAAAUAUCAAAAACGUUCUCAUUUUGUGGUCAAUCACGCAUGUAAAAACAGAUGAGAAAGCCAAACGAGAAAAGAGUUUUGCUGGCAUUGAAGGUACUAGAUUGAGGUUUGACAUAUAUUUUGUUAAAAGACAGGUUUUGAAAGGCUUUAACACAGUGCUAGGGGUGGAAAUCAUCGAAUGUGAUGAAGCCUGUGAUUGGUAACCGUUGCAAGCGCAAGCCUGUAAUACUUUGUGAAGUUUCCUGCGGAUUUAAGCUCAGGAUUUUUUCUGAUUAAGCGUGCGGACCGUCAUCAAUAUUUUGAACCUUUGCGGUAGUUUGCGUUUUUUGUUCAUGAUUUCAAAAGUGAUAAAAUUAAUACAAUCAAACUUAAACUUGACAUAUUUUGCAAAAGUUUCGCUUUAUAAUGAAGCCUUGAAAUAGUGCAUGUAUUUAUUCAUACUUCCCUGCUCGAUAAGCUCGCCAGUUUUAUAUCUCACUUUCAAUAUUUACACAAACAUCUUACAGCUGCUGAGUUUAAAGAUUGUGUAAGAUCUUGCAGAGUUUGUUUCUUUUGUUGAAAGAAAUCUUUGCAGUUAUUUGUUCUUGAAAAUCCUCCAUGUGCGAGCCAAGCACUGGGUUGCAUUUUGUUGUGUUUAUAGAACUAAUUAAAUUACAUUCACUGGAGAUAAAAGAACUAAUUUUAAUUAUAUUUUUGAAAGAAAACAACUUAUGACCUUCGUUUGUGUCAUCUCUAUUUUCUUUUCAAUUUAUCCCUGAUACUGAACAGCAAUUGCUGGGUUUUUCGCUUCAUUUUCAGAGGAAAAACAGCUUCAACUUAACCUCGACUGUCAAAUAUUUUAGUGCUGGUGUCACGGCACUCACGUCACAUUUUUGGCGGCAAUUCUCACGGCCUGAAUGAUUUCAGAUUUCUUUUAUCUUACAGCUAUAAGAGUUGUAUUUUUUAAUGGCUACUUAUUUGUUGAGAAAAUUUGACACAUUGUUUUUUUGCUUGAUUUUAUUGACGGAUAGGCUCACAUUGUUACAAAUAAAAGUUUUUCAUAAUUUAUUUACUAUAAGUAGCCAGUGCGCCAAGGAUGACUAGACGGCGAGUUUCGUCGGUCGCCGGAGCUUACGGAGAACUCUGGCAAAGCACAAAAGAAGCUAGAUUUUCUCUCAGCUGGCCUCACGCAAUAACUCUGAUCUUAUCCUUCUUUUAAUUGUACUGUCCAAAUUUCUUCCGUUCAUAUCAUCACUGGAUGAUUCCAUUAGUAUUGAAUAGUAGCAAUGUAUUUGAUUGUCAUGUUAAUAAAACGUACCUUUAAAAAUUAAUAACAAGUUAAUAGUUUAUACAAAAGCAUAAAUCAAUUAAUGUGACUUAAAGCUCUAUUCAAGUAAUUGGUAAAUUCCUUAUUCUGCUGGUAUAAUGCUGAUGGAAAAAGAGGGCUAAUUCUGCCUGAAAUUCUGCUAAGCAAAACACCUAAAAGGCACAUGACAAGCAUUCCUG